AGUAUUCGGCGAGCCGUGGUCCGGGAAGGUUGUAUCUGCGCGUUCGUGUCCUCGCUAGCCGGCCGCACACUAACAUCCAGUCAUGAGUGAACUCAUCUUCCAAACCACAAAAACUUCCAACACAUGCCAAAAUUUUGCGGCCAAACUACCAGCCUCGACAACUCGUGACAAAAACGGUGGGUUUCGGCUUCUUUUCAUUGCGGGCAGCUGCUAAAGAAAAACUAUAUAAAACUCGUAACUCGUUCAGAUAAAAUAUGACAUUUAAAACCCAUAGAUCAAUUUGUACAUCGAGGAGUGAAAAACGUGUGAUUGGAGACAGCUAUGUUGAAAAGUACCAAAAAUAUUCCGAAAUAUGUUGUGAGAAUAUGUAGUGGGUAUAUAUGGCUGUUCUUAUUAACUGUGACAGAUAUUACUUGAAUUUAACUAGACAAUGUAGAAAUUAAAUGUGUUGAAGAAAUUUGAUUUCCGUCGAAAAUUAACAGUGUGUGAGAAUUGUUUCGUGGAGAUCAAUGUUAUUCAGUUAACAAGGUUGAAAAUGUAGAAUAAGUGGUGGAUUGAAAAACAAAAUUUAAAAAUUCAAUAGAAGUUGUAUAAAUCAGGAUAACAUGAACCUCUUCCUCACGGGCAGCAACAAUAAUCGAACCCCUAAGGUCCUUCUUGAAUCUCUUCAUUUGAAUUCAUAUCUCAUUCAUAUGUGGUAUUGAAUUCAACUCUGCCGAAUUGUUGAACGUAAUUGUCAAUUCAAACUCUUGUUCAAUUCCUAAAAAUCUACUAGCGUGUUAUAAUAUAUAUGUAUAAAAUAGUUAUAAAUGUUGAUGGUAAAUGUUUUUAUAUUAAAAUGUGACAUUUUUAUUCAUAUGGACUCUUGUAAUCUCUCCGUGUAUUGAAUUUUUAUAAGAAGCUAUAUGUAUGUUCGUUGUGAAUACUGCAUUGAGAGGUAUUCCACUCACAAAAAGUGAAUAGAUAGUUCUCACUCGUUAUAUUCAUUCAAGCUGUUGAUGUUCUACCAGUAUCCUCUACCAGUAUGGAGAUCUUCUUGAUUGUUAGUCAAUAUUGUUAGUGUAACCGUCGAAUCCUUCUAAUACAAUAUUAUACCACUUUUCAAAAACACAAAACUUAUCUGUGUUCUUCGAUUUGCAUUUCAAGUAUCGAUGUGAUGUUAGAUUUAGCGUGAUUUCUAGAUAAUUGAGACAGUCUAAGAAUUGAUAUAUUUCUUAAUUAUAACAAGGAACAUAACUUUUCACGUUCUGAAAGGUUCAACGUCAUCUAUAUUGAGUAUAGAGCAGAUUCGGUGUAAGUUUGUUAUGAGAUGUGUGCGAAUGAUUGUAACAAAGUUGACAAGUGAUUUUCUGUGAUAAUGUGUUGAACGUGAAUGGAUUAGUUGCAAGUAUGGGGUGGAGAAUUGUAUUCUGUCUGGUAGCUCUAGCUCUCUUCCGCUCUGUGAUUGGUGGAUCGGACGAUGUCCUCUCGGAACUGGAUAGACCAAGUGAGUCGAGCCAUUCUUCUCAUCUCAAAAAGCUUCCUAUUUCGCAAGUGGCCGGAGUGAUGGGAAAGAAAACAGCGCUUCCAUGUGAUAUUGAAACAUCUUCCAAGAAUGAUGCCGUCUAUAUGGUGCUAUGGUUCAAAGAGGCUGAUGGCGAACCUUUAUACAGUUUCGACGUGAGAGGUCGCCAGUACGGCACUGCCAAGCUGUGGUCGUCGCCGUCUGCGUUCGGCACGCGGGCGUUCUUCCGGACGGCGACCAAGCCAGCCGAACUCCUCGUUGACGAUCUGCAGCUGACCGACGAGGGCAUCUACAGGUGUCGAGUCGAUUUCCAGAACUCGCCAACUCGAAACUCCAAAAUCAACCUCACUGUCAUAGUUCCUCCAGACAAGCCAAUUAUAUUCGAUGGGAAGCGAAGGGAUCGGACGAAGGUGCUGGAGCCUUACAACGAAGGCAGUGACAUCAAUCUCAUAUGCGAGGUGUCCGGAGGACGUCCAAGGCCAAAAGUGAUCUGGUACUGGGAGAACAACGUGAUUGACGAGUCUUUCGAGCACAAAGAGUCAGGCCUCACCGUCAACACGAUGACAUUCGCCAAUGUCGGACGACAGCAUCUCAACUCGAAGCUCAUGUGCCAGGCGUCCAACACCAACCUCGCGUCACCCACCUUCAAAUACGUCAUCCUCAACAUCAAUCUGAAGCCUCUGGAAGUGCGGAUAACAACGAAGCCGCAAGCGAUAUCAGCCGACAAAAGAUAUGACGUCGAGUGCAGAGCUUUUGGAUCAAGGCCGGAUGCUGUGAUAACAUGGUGGAAGGGGAGUCGACAAAUGAAGAAAAUUGCUAAAAAUCACUCACAAGACAACAACCAGAGCAUCAGCAUGCUGUCGUUCACCCCGGUCAUCGAUGAUGACGGCAAAUAUCUGACAUGUCGAGCUGAGAAUCCCGCUUUCUCCGACUCGGCUUUGGAAGACAAGUGGCGGCUCAAUGUCCAUUAUAUGCCAGUUGUUUCUCUGAAGAUGGGCUCCAGCUUGAAUCCUGAUGACAUCAAAGAAGGGGAUGACGUCUACUUUGAAUGCAACAUUAGAGCCAACCCAAAAGCCUAUAAACUUGCCUGGUUCCAUAAUGGCGAGGAGAUCCAUCAUAACGUGACGGCUGGCAUUAUACUGAGUGAUCACAGUCUGGUGCUGCAAGGAGUGACCAGGCACACUGCGGGCGACUUCACUUGUCUAGCUGCCAACACCGAGGGAAAAGGCACCAGCAAUCCUGUCACACUCAGAGUCAUGUUUGUUCCAACUUGUAAAGACGAGCGAGACGAGCUUUACGGUGCACUGAAGCAGGAGACAGUGGCUCUGAAGUGCGAAGUGGAGGCGAAUCCGCCGCGAGUCACCUUCCACUGGACGUUCAACAAUUCAGGCGACCUGGUGGACGUGGCAAACACGCGUUACACUAGCGCUGGCACCGUCUCCAGGCUGAACUACACGCCCGCCUCCGACAUGGACUACGGCACGCUCGCCUGCUGGGGAUCCAAUGCCGUUGGUCAACAGAAAACGCCCUGCUUGUUCCAAGUGGUGGUUGCUGGCCGACCAUUCCCGCUGCUCAACUGUUCGGUGACAAACCAGACAUCAGACUCGCUCCACGUGGACUGUGCGGAGAGCUUCGAUGGCGGACUGCCGCAGAGCUUUGUGAUGGAACUGCUGCAACUGCCGGAACUGGUGUCUCGGUUCAACGUGACCGUGACGCACGGUCCGCCGUCGUUCGCGCUCUACGGCAUCCAGCCUGGUGUGUCCUACCGAGUGAACCUGUUCGCUGUCAACGCCAAGGGUCGCAGUGACCCAAUCACCCUCGAAACAAUUACUUUCAAGGGAGUCGCCAAGUAUACUGAUAAUGCAGCAGUGGUACCAACACAACUGCUGUCGGGCCUGGCAGCUCUGGCGGCCGCCCUGCUGGUGGUGGUGUGCUGUGUGGUGGUAGCCCUGUGCCGGAGGCGGCACUCGGGGGGCAGGGGACGACUCGGCCCCCGAGGCACCAAGCUGGAGGCGGUGGACGGUGACGAUGCCUGCCAUGGUGCCGUGCUCAUUGCACCCAACAACUCCACGCCGCCCCCCUCGCACCGCUCCCCCGCCCCUGAUGACACUGAUCCCGACAUCAUACCCAACAAAUAUGAGAGGCGACCGCUGAAGGGAUUCAUGAAGAUGUACAAAACACCCCCGCAGCGGCGGAGGAAAAAGGACGAUGAUGGUGGGGAUGGCGACGAUGGCGAUGAGGGGGAGCUGGCCGACCUCACAGAAUGCGGGGAUGGUGGAGGGGGUGGGAUGGAAGUAGUGCCUCAUCCCUUACAGAACCAUCACCAAUCAUCCAAAGACUCCAAUCACCAAGUCAACAAUGUUGGCAACUGCGGCACCCUGCGCGUGCACAAAGGAGUGACGGCGAACAACUCGAUAGUGGUGCGCCCUGGUGUCGGUCUACACAACCACAAGACUGGCCCCGAGGUGGUCACCGCCUCACACCGCAUACAAGAAAGCUGUAUAUAGAACUCAACAUUUUAUAUAAAUAUUGUAAAUAAUAACAAAUGUUUCAAAUAAUAAAUUGUCGAUAAAUAUUAUUAUCA